AUGGGUGGUGUAGACCUUUUAGACUCCCUCAGCUCCAUUUACCGUCCCUACGCGAGAUCGAAGCGAUAUUAUUUUCGUGUUUUUCUGCACAUCCUUGACUUGACAGCUGUAAAUGCUUGGUUGCUCUACAAGAGGAAUGCCAUGAGCAAACGAAAUGUGUACGCAGAAAGGCAUCUUCCUUUGGCUGGCUUCAAGAUGGACCUGGCUGCAUCACUCUGCAAGGCUGGGAAGACGAUGAAGAAGCGAGGAAGGCCUAGCAACGAGUCAAUAAAACAAGCCUCUCAGGAGAAGAGAAAAAGGGGACCAAGAGCUCCAGCUCCAACUAAAGAUGUCCGGCUAGAUCAGGCUGGUCACUGGGUCCUUUGGAGCCAGAAGCAGCAGCGCUGCAAGUUUCCAGGCUGCACGGGAGUCUGCAUGGGCUACUGCGUAAAGCUUGAAGUGCACCUCUGUUCGACAAACAAGAGCAAUUGCUUUUUUUUGUACCACACAACAAAAUGA